AUCAUCUGCAACUUUUAUAGCCAUUUUGUAUCGAAAGAAGAUUAGAUUAAUUUUGAUUAACGACGGCUUUUAGAAAAGAUUAUUUCCUAAAUGUAAAUAGUUAGUUAAAACUUCAAUUGUGUCCUUUGUUUUUGGGGAAACUUAAUAAAUUGCUAUUUAAACUAUCAAUAUUACUUUAGAUCAAGAAGUGUAGGCGAAUAUCUUUGUUAUUUCAGCUAUGAGAUAUGCAGUUCUAAUGAUUUAAUGCAGUUCUGUGUUACUUCUACAACUUCCUUAUAAUUAUACGCCAUACAGCGAUCGGUUUAGACGUGCUGCGUACACAUUGAAUUCUUUAAAGCUCUCUAUAGAUAAAUUAAGUGAAAAUAGUUGAGUAUAAAAAAUUAACAAAGGCAAGAUGUCAGCGACAACAGUGGCGCCUACAAAAGGUAAUGCCGAAUUGGUAACGUUUAAAAGCACAACGGAAACGACUAAUAAGGAUGGUGCAGCCAAUGGCGCAACGAAUGCUGAACGUCAAGUUCCCCCAUGGCUAAAAGUGGAAUUAUUUGUAAAUCUGCUGCAGAAAAACUUACCGAAUUUUAAGAGUAUUAAAAAUUUCACUGCCAAACUCUCGGAAGGCGUUGGCGAAAAUUACGCCACACUCUUGGCCUCGGUGAAUUUAGAUGCAGAGCUUGAAGAUGGAAAAAUACAAAAUUAUUCUUAUAUGAUCAAAUUGCCCAUUGAAACGGUGCAGAAAUUGAAUAGUCAUAAUAUUUUUGAUACAGAAAUUGUCAUGUAUAAAGAUGUGAUACCGGAAAUGGAGAAAAUGUAUAGUGAUGCAGGUGUUGAAGUGAAAUUCACAACAAAAUAUUAUGAACUGGAGACGCCAUCCGAAUUCGGCGUUAUACUGAUGGAGGAUUUACGUCCGCAUGGCUUCAAAAAUGUCAACCGUUUGGAAGGUUUCGACAUGGAACACACGAAGAGCACACUGAAAAAAUUGGCACAAUGGCAUGCCGCCUCAGCGGUGCGUGUUGAAACCAAGGGACAAUAUCCGAAAAUAGUUGCUAAUGGAAUAUUUACAGAGGACUUCUUACAAAUAAUGCAAGAGAUAAGUAACUCUUCGAGGGAAUUGUAUAUGGAAUGUGUGCGCACGUAUGAAGGUCAUGAAGAAUACUACGAUAGUUUGCAACGAAGCCGUGAGAACUUUUUUGACGAAUUUUGUUCGCUGUUGAAGAUCGAUCCAAAUGAGUUCAACGUUUUAAAUCAUGGUGAUUUUUGGGCCAACAACAUUAUGUUCCAACAUGAUGACGCGGGUAAACUUAAGGAAACAUAUUUCAUCGACUUUCAGUUGACGCGUUAUGGUUCACCGAUAAAUGAUCUGUAUACUUUGCUGCUGUCGUCAACAAACUUGGAUAUAAAGUUAAAACAUUUCGAUUAUUUUAUUAAAUACUAUCAUGAUAAUUUGAUUGAGUGCUUGAAAUUACUGAAAUAUCCCAAAAAAUUACCCAAUGUAAAGGAACUCCACAUAGCCUUACUUAAAUAUGGCACUUUUGCCAUGAACACAAUUACUAGUCAUUUGUCCAUCGUGCUACUCGAUCCAACUAAGGCAGCUGAUAUAAGCAAUUUAAUUAGCAAUACAGAAGAGGGCAUGGCAUUUAAAAAGGUGAUGUAUACAAAUCUACGUUAUCGGAGACACAUUGAAGCGCUACUUCCUUGGCUUUAUAAUCGUGGUGCCUUUUAGUGAUAAAAUAGGGUACAAGAAGUUGAUCCUUAUAUUAUUGAUUUAUGUAGCCAGAAUAUACACGUAUAGCAAAUAUUUAAUUUUAAUUGAAAUAAAAAUAUAUGCAUACGAAAUUAAGUUUAAUUAAUUUUCAAUUGUGAAAGUUGUUUUUGGUUCAAUGAAGGAAGCUAUUGUACUUUAUAAAUUUUAUGAGAAUAUGAAAAACACAAACUAAAAUAAAUAAUAAUAACAGCGUUAAA